AUGGAGAACACAGAGUUGGUUGACCAUGUUUUUCACAGGACCCCAACGAGAAACGCAAUUCAUUGCCACAGCUCGUGUGUAGAUGACUGUCGAUGUUUGUCGUUCAACUACAAGGAAAAUAACGAAGGAAACGUUUGCGAGUUGAAUGAAGGCAGCCACUUUAUAAACCAGACCUCUCUCAAAAGUUCUCCUGGGUCGCGUUAUUACAACCUUCGAAGGGAAUUCAGCCAGAAGGUAUAAUAGUUGUAAAACUCUCAAUUCUCAAUUUUCUUCGUCACAUGUGUACGGAAUAGACUCGCUAAAAGUUUUCCUCGCGUUAGUCACUUUUCUAUUAAACGCAAAGUUUUCAAACACCGAGUACUGCUGGUCCUUUUUGGGCAUUGCCUGAUGAAGGCAAGCACGUCGCGAUCAAGAACAAAAUGUUUUAGUUUGCUUUUGUUUUUACUUUAUCGUGAGACAAACAAGCUUUUAAUACAACUAACUUCACCUAAAUCAGUCAUGUUUGCUUAAUAGUCAAUAAUGGAAUUAUUUGAUGGGCAAUUCCUAUACCUGGCUUUUUAACAUUGAUUCUAAAAAGUAAGCCAUUGAUAUAACCAAUGGUAAUGAACCCAUUUUUAAGCAGUCAAUGUCAUAACUGUUUUUCAAUGGAAUAUCGCGUAAAUGUAUUAUAAAUUGUAUAAGCCUGGUUAUAUUGAGAAAAUCCUAUUAACUGAGUGUGGGCGAAUUGUCACAUCUAAUUGGAAAGAAAAAAAUGGCUUAUUUUUUAAAGUCGCAAUAAAAAAAACCAAACUAACUAACUAACACACUGCUUCAAAUGUGUGAUAUUUAUUCUCAUUAUUUUUCAAACGUUUCUAUUAGCUGGAAGAUCUGUGCAAGCUUUAAGCUUGUUACAGUUUUUCCCAGGAGAUCUUAAUUCUAAAAUGUAGUUUGUGGGUGACUGCUUUUCAUCUCAAAAUAUGCUUCUUUGUUAUUAUGACUUGAUUUCGUCUUAAAAGUAUGCCUAACAAUUUCAAAACAAGUCAUACCUUAUACUAAUUACCUUUCCGCUAUAAAUAAUUAAUUAAGCAUUUUCGAGAAUGAAUUUUUUCCAAACAAUUCUUCCAAUGCUGCAAAGUGGGUCAUUUUGCAUUGCACUAGAAAACGGCGUCUCCGGUCAUUUGGCCCAGGACCAAUUCAUAUUCGAUAAUCGUGCACCUAAAAAUGUAAAAACAGGGAAGAUUUUUGAAUUUAUUAGGCAUUCUGAUAUGGCAAAAAUGCCUCUAAAUUUGGAAUCCUUUUUGUCCAAUGGAAUGGUGGUCGGAAGCAGCUGGUCCCUCCAUGUAAGGGAACCCGGAUUUCAGAAUCAGGGAAAUUUGGAAAUUUGGGCUUUGGAAUCCGGAAUACCACUAACGAUUGGAAACUGGAAUCCAAGUUCCACCGUCAAAGUCCGGAAUCCAGUUCCUGGAAUCCGGAAUCCACAGCUUGGAAUCUACAAUUCAAUACGUUUUUGAAUUCCCUUACAUCAGAGGCACCCAACGAGAAUAUGGUUCAAAACCACUUAAACAUAGCAUUGUUAAACGUAUUUUAGUAUUUUAACGGUGGAUAUGGGCAUAUUUUUAUCCCCUAUAAAUUUUUCAUCUGUUCGGAAUUCCUAACUGAAAGUCUAGUGAUCCGAAAAUUAUAGGGAUCAAAACUUACCUGUUCGAAAAUUUCAGCCAAAAAAAAGGCUCCCGAAAAUUCUAGGUGACCUUUUUAGGGUAAAAAUCCGUUGAAAAUGGGCAACUUUACCAUUUCUUAGAUGUUCGAAAAUGCUAGGAGAGGCAGGCAAGCAAAAAAAUUUACAACAAAUGUUCCGAAAAUUCUAGAUCUCAAAUCGUCUUCCGAAGAGAUAUUUUUCCGAAAAUUGUCGUUGGGUGCCCCUGUUACAUGGGGCGAAGCUGGCGUGAUAUUGUGCUUCGUUUCAUGAUAUACGUUAACCAGGACAAAUAAAGUGACCAUCUUACUGCUAGGAACUAGCCACCUGAGCCUGGCUAGCCUGCGAAUAUAGAGCUCUCGAUCCCGUGGCGGGCUGCAUAGGUUAAUUAACGUUCAUUUUUGUGUAGGGUAUCACAUGAUUUCGUGCGCAAUUAAGAAUAAACAUUGUGGUCUUUGAAAAAUUUACAAGUGCUCAUUUAUCCCAAAUUGCACGAAAAAAAGGGGGGAAAUGUGAUAAAAAAUUAAAGCAAGAACAAAAAAACACUAAUCUGAUAACGAGCGCUUUUUUAAUCUCGCUCUGUUUGACCCACUCUCUCUUUGAAAAGAAGGCGAUAUAUUUUGGAAACAGUAUUUAUAGAACUGUGAAAGGUUUGAACCCAGGAGUCAUUUCAAAAAAAUAUAGGUUGAGUUUGAUCGUCCGGGUGAACAUAGUCCUGAAUAGGUGUUGACAGUGACUGACGUUUCGACAAGCUGUGCGGUAGUCAUCCUCAGAGUCAAAGUGAGUUGUAUCACGUCAGUUGAUGGUAUUAUACUCUGGUUAUUGAUCUGAUUGGUCAAUUACGUCGUGAUGUUAUUGGUCGUCUGUCAGUUAAGCCGUGAUGUCAUUGGCUAUAUGAAGACUCGUAAUCAAUAAUAGGUGUGUUUCGAUCCGUCUAUUGUCACAGUUAAACAGUCUUCUGUUGUUAGUCAAAUUGUCAUUCUCUCGUAGUUAGUUUUGCUUGAUCUCGUCAAUAAGUCGUAUGUACGGCGCUGGUAACUGUUGGCUACGAUUCAGUGGCGUUUGUUCUAAGUUAGUAAACGUCGAAAGAUUUCAUUCUGCAACUAUCAUCAGACAUCUUAUGCAAUAUGUACAGCGUCUCAGGGUCAGUUAUUGACGUUUCGUCUUUAAAUGGUGCUCAGCAAUGUGAUUGUUGACGUCACCAUUCUUCGUAGCUCGUUUGUGUUCGGUCAGUCGCGUGCUUAGGUUUCUGCCGGUUUCACCAAUGUAAGAAUAAAAUUAUAGAAUAAAAUUCACGGGCCAGACGAAAUGAAUACACAUAAAAAGUCACUCUCAUUUGUCAGACUGCCAAGUAAUAAAAAAAUUAAGGUUUUCUUUUUUUUUUCUCGGCUGGUGUCUAGUACAUAGAUUGGCGUAAAUGUGCACUACGCAUAUAAAACUUCCAGGCUGGCAUAUUCGAAGACAUCUUACAGCUGCAUGUUAACUAUGCAUUAUUACACUUUGAUUUCCACUUUUUUAGAAUCACCAUGCGAAGUCAUGUGAUGGUGAUGUCACGUGCGUCAAUGGCUGCUGCAAGAAGAAUCCUUGUCAAAAUGGGGGAGCAUGCGCAGAAAUUUGUGAGCCCACGAGUGUUCGGUACAACUGUUCUUGUCCUGAAAAGUUUAUUGGCAGACACUGUGAGUUUGAAAGAAAAAGCUGCCAGGCCUAUAAAACGGCAGGAGAAACGAGUUCUGGAUUGUACACAAUCAUUGAUGACAGCAAUCAAUCCUUCCAAGUGUUCUGUGACUUUGCCUCUGAGCCUGGGUUUGCAUGGAACUUGAUUCAGUCGUUCAGAUUGUCCCAAACACAGGUAAACACUCACUCGUAUGAUUACAGACUGAAUUGGACUCCACUCAGUCCUAUUACCAUUAUUAUAUAAACCUAGUGCUUUUUUGACGUUCUCGUUGCCGUUGCCGCCGUCGGAUCUUAAGGUCCCUUCAAAAUUAAGGACACUUCAUUGGAAAUCGUCAGAUUAAGUCAGUUCUUUUGUUAAAGUAGGUUUUUAACAUUUUGAAUAAAUGAAUAAAUAAUUAUAUAUUAAAGUAAAUAAAAGCGAGGUCACGAGGACAAUAGAGGUGACUUCAAUUCGGUUUUUCUUUUUUGAUUUCUAGAAUAUUAUCUUUUCUGGCUACACCAAUGCUAUCAGCGACGAUCAACCAAACUGGCAUGCGUACCUGAUACACCCUAUCUAUCUUGUGUGGCUUAGAACCCAGUCCACUCACUGGCGAGCUACUUGUCGCUAUGAUACCAACGGGGUUGUGUACACGGAUUACAUGAGAACAUCCCUUGCAAACUGCGAUAUAAUUACCUUGCCGGAAGGUACUCCUCCUAAUAUUUGCUUCCAGUUCGAAUUCAUUAACAUCCGGGGACACGAAUGCUUUAACUGUACGGCACCUCUCUGGAAUUCCCCUGCUUUACAUACAGACACUGGCCUCACUUUUUGCGAAUUAAACGCAACAGAAGGGGCAGUUGCUAGUGAAGAUAACUUUGGUUUGUAUUCCUCUGCAAAUCCGUUACACCGCUGUUCUUCAGGUCCCAACUCUACAACUAAGUUCUGGUUGGGAGGACAGUAA